AUGUCUUUUGUCAGACUCCAGGCUAUUGUCGAUCAAGCAUGCGCCCUUGCUGCGCUCUCGCCCAUUCGCUGGAUGGUGGUCCUAGCGACCGGUACUGCCGCUCUACCCCUCAUAAUCAUCCAGUGGAAGAGGUUCACGAGACCGCCUCUACCGCCCGGACCUCCUCGCCUUCCUAUACUUGGCAACGUUCACCAGGUCCCAAAUGAGGAACCAUGGAAAGUCUACAACGAAUGGGCGAAAACCUACGGCGACGUGAUGCACCUAAAGGCAGUUGGAGACACCUUCAUCAUCCUUAACUCCCUCACCGCUGCCCUGGAUCUUCUGGAGCAAAAAGCGGUCAUCUUUUCAAGUCGUCCUCGAUCAAUCUCGUUUGACUUGUGGGUUCCUCUCUUCCAUAUCCCAGGGUUGCUCCUCAUCAGGCAGUACAGGAUUGGGCUCACUUGGGCGCUUGGGGUCAUGGGAUACGGGUUCAAAUGGCGUGAAGCGAGGAAGGCAUUCCACCAGCACUUUAACAAGCACGAAAUCAAGAACUACCGGCCCAUCACCGAACAGGAGGGAUUGAUUUAUCUGCGCCGAAUUGCAGCCAAUCCAAAGGACUUCCGUCAGGAGACUCGAAAUGUUCUCGUGAGGAUAUCGUACGGUGUCAGCGACCCCGCGUAUAACAACAAGCUCCUCAGGAACGCCGAGGCUAUCGUACAAUGUCUCUCUGAGUGUGUCCUCCCAGGUCGCUUCCUCAUUAAUGUCUUCCCUUGGCUUCGGUUCUUCCCUUCGUGGUUCCCUGGCACGGGUUGGAAGCAGAAAUUUGCAGAAUAUGCUGCUGCGAGUGACCGCGCCCUCGUCGACUCGUUCAGCGAUGCCCAGGAUCGAGCAAGGCAAGGAUAUCAGAGCGAAUUCCCCAACGUGGCGACCAAGUUCAUAGGCGAUCUGCCCGAUGAAAAGAGCAAAGACUACCAACUGCGGCUGGACACAAUUAGCUCCACCUAUGCGCUAUACCUGGCUCUCGCAAUGUACCCUGAUGUACAGCGGAAGGCCCAAGCAGAGAUUGAUAGAGUUGUGGGGUCCCACCGGUUACCGACUUUCAACGACCACCCACGGCUAGUCUAUCUCCAAGCCGUCCUCAAGGAAGUGUUCCGAUGGCACACCACAGUCCCUCUCGGACUGACGCACGUCUCGACGGAGGACUACGUAUACAACGGGUACUUCAUUCCGGAGGGCAGCAACAUCAUGACAAACGUGUGGGCGAUCAUGCACGAUCCAAACGUCUUUGAAGAUCCUUUCGAGUUCAAGCCCGAGCGCUACUUGAAGAACGGCGAGAUCGAUCACACUGUAUUGGCACCAGAGACAGCUGCCUUUGGAUUCGGCCGCAGGAUCUGCCCAGGACGUCACCUGGGAAAGGACUCUUUAACCUACGUUGCCGCAUGCCUCUUGGCGGUCUUCGAUAUUCGACCACCCAAGGACGAGAAUGGCAAUCCGAUUAAACUCGAGCUGAAGGUGACUUCAGAGCUUGCGAGAAUGAGUGCUUGA